AUGGGAAGAGCAGCCCCCGGCUACUGUGAAGACCUUAGUGGCAUAUCGAUACCCCCCCACCCCCCACGAUUGCAAAGAUGUCUGUCGCGCGGCUGCCACUCGUGCGAUGCGUGUUGCUGCUGCUUUUACUGCGUGGCGUCCCGGAGGGGGAAGCAGCACCGACCACAGCAACCGCUGCAGAAUCCACUCUUGUAUCCACUGCAGCAUCCACUGCAGCAUCCACUGCAGCAUCCACUGCAUCUGUCCACUGCAUCGUCCACCGAAGCCUCCACCGCAGCACCAACUGCAGCGUCCAAGUGCAGCGAGACCUUCUUGCGCUUCAGCCAGAACCACACCAUGUGCAGAGAGGAGCCCGCAUGCCAGAUCCAGGUCGCCGGCAUCGACGACAACGUCAAGCAGCUCAUUCUGAAGCUACACAAUCACUACCGCAGCCUCAUCGCCGGCGGAAACGAGACUCACAUGCCUGCGGCAGCAAACAUGCUCGAGAUGGAGUGGGACGAUGACUUGGCGAGAGUGGCCCAGGCGCAUGCUAACCUGUGCCAGUUCGAGCACGACUGCCCGACUUGCCGAUCGCUGGAGAAGUUUCCCGCCGUCGGCCAAAACCUGUGCCUCGACAGAACCACAAGAUACAAUCCACAGCCGAACUGGGAAAGCUGCGUGCGGCGCUGGUAUGACGAGGUGUCUCUCUUCUCCAACGCCUCACGCUCUCCAUUCCAGUUCGACCUUCCCACUGGGCAUUUCACGCAGAUGGUGUGGGCGACAACGUGGAAGAUUGGCUGCGGCUACACGCGCUAUCCGUCCACCGAGCCGCCAUUCACCUACGACCUUCUCUACACCUGUGACUACGGGCCAGGAGGAAACAUCGUGGGUGCCGAGAUGUAUGAGGAAGGUGAUGCGUGCUCCAACUGCCCCGAGGGAACCUGCUGUGGGAGUUCUUGUGAAGAACAGAACAUUGACACACGCUUCAAGGGACUGUGCAAGCCGACGACUCCUGAUGGUCCUAAACCCUCCGUGGACAAGAAACACCUCAUCUGGGCGUGUCUUUUCAACAACGAGACAUCCGAAUUGUGCGAGACGGUCUCUGAUCCCCCGGACGCUUUCAACACGAAGCGGUUGUUUGGUGCCGGCUACCUGGAGACCGUGGUCGAGGGCGGCAAGAGAGCCGAUGUCAAGUUCCAGCACAUCAUCAAGAGCCCGCAGUCGCCGUUCUGCCUAAACAUCGAGUACGCCAAGGGCCCGAGCAUGGCGGGCAACAAUGCGGACGGCUCGCUGCGACUUCUGCUGACGUCACCGGUGCUGCCAUUUUUCCACAUCGAUGCCGAAAUUGGCGGCGACUACACGGGCUUCCAGAUGUACUCCUUCUCUCUGGACUUUCGCAUACCAGUCCAGGUUGGCUUCUCGUACUCGGUUCCAGCGAACAGCUCUGCGCAGUACUUCAGCCUGUACAAGCUCGUCGUAAAUCAAGGAGCCUGUUCGUAAACUUUCUAAGGAUACUGUGGCUACAUUUCAGCUGCACAUUGUUUUAUAUCGGACGAAACGUGUUUUACAACUACUCUUGGCAUGUGUACGGGUUACAUGAUGUGCACGCUACAUGAGCCGGGUGUCAAAUUGCCUAACUCGAGGUGCUCUGUGAGCCUGCUCAUUUGCUGGAUCACAACCUGAGGUGAGAUUGUGUCUGUCCGACGCAGCAUGCUAUGGGGAGGCCAUUUUUAGGCUUCGCUCUCUUGCCACUUUUUACCGGCGUGGUCUCAUCUUCAUUGCACAUAAUUUUCUUGUUCUGUUACAUAUCUCUGUAGUUCGUGUGAUUGUACUGUGAUGUCUGCGGCACCGAGAAAUCCAUUAAGCUUGUUUAUUGUUUCAUGACAUCAUUCUUUUUAUGCACUUCAAUUUUAAUCACUUCCAAUGGCCUCAGACAAGUAGGCUGAACUACAGAUCUCUAAGCCGAAGAGCAUAACUUCCUUGGUUCUAUCCGUCCGCUGCUUAUGCGUACCACUGUGCACACUGUCGGCUUGACGGCUUUAGUAACUUGGCUAAAUAAACUUCAGCCAUUGUUUACCUAAAGCAAGUUAUAGCGCAUAAAAAGAGGGGCCACUGUCUAUGGUGUGUGUAGUGAUAUUCAGUCUAGAGAAUCAUUCGGUCACAUUUUAAGUUUUGCUGUGCAUAGACCAACAAAAGUUUUUUUUUUCAUUUUAUUGUACGGUCACAAUGUUUUUGCAACUCGGCCACAUUAUAGCUUGCGCCGUCGUUUUCUGCCAUUUUGUGUUGUGCAUUGUUACUUACAACAAUUGGUCCGAGAACUCUGCAAAACAAAAUGCAAUUGUGUUGCCCAUUCACAUUGACAAAACAUUUGAUGCUUUCUUGAUAAAAAAAAAGUAUUUUCUUACCACAGUUUUCAGACUUGCCGUCGUAGGAGGAGCCAAAAAUUAGCUUUAGUGUACCGCGAGAGCUUGCGCCAAUGCUGGACACUUUUUUUAGCUGUCGCAGAUGCUUACGCGGAUUUAUAUUGACUCGCACCUUUGCUGGGCUUCUUAACCAAAAUCUCCAAUGUGGAUGAAAGCACUUUCACGCUGUCCAUUAUCGUUAUUCAGCCAUCGCUUUCCAGUCUCACUUCUUUGAUGCUCGUUAAACUUGCGGGUACGGAAAGCUGAAUCGGCGCAUUUCACGAGCACACAAGUGAUGCUAUUCCUAAUCUGUUCAUGUAUAUAUUAGGUUCACGUUUUUAUAGCAAUGAAUCCUCGUGAAAGUGUAUUUUAUUCGCAAUCCUUUUUUUUUUCGACAUAGUGUUCAUGGUUUUUGUGCAUGUACAAUAUUUCACAAUUUGAGAGGAUAUAUAUAUAUUUUACAUAUUGUCAACGCAUUCAUUUGGUCACGUUUCGAAACAUUCAUGAUAUCUUCAUGGCAACAUUUCCAUUUGAAAGUGAUGUCUCGCGAUGUUCACUCGUUGUGCAAUAAAUGGUUUGAAUUUCUUA